GACAUCACCCAGUCAGUCACACACACACACACACAGUCGGACAGCCGCGCGCUCAGAGGAACUAGUUGUUGGUACAGCGCGAGAGCGCGGCGCAGCACUUCAUUACAUCCACAGAUCACCAGCUGGGGGGAAAUAUUCACCUGUGCGCCGUCAGGACGAAGUCACACAAGGAUUUUCAUUCAUUUUAAACCGACUCCGUUUUAAAGGCGCAGUGGGGGACGCAAAGAAGAAUCUUAGUCGGACCCCUGGUCUUCUCCUGUAGGGGCACAAGUUUUUUUUUCGACUUGAGCGAGUGAGAUUUGCCACAGAAACUAACCCGCUUCCGAAGGCGCUAUUUCGAUUUAACACUUACUUCGCAGAGACCGACUGCCUGGUUUCAGCAAAGAGGACUGUAAUCAACCAUGGCGAGACAUGACGCCCGAAAUUUUCAUGAACGCUCAAAAAUGAUCGGACUGCUCUGCCUGACUGCGUCGAUACUUCUUCAGUACGGAGCGUCGGGUCAGCGGGUGAAGGUGGAGCCGGAGGUGUUAUCAUAUCCUGGCCAGACAGUCAACCUGCGCUGUGCCUUCACCGAUGCCACUGGAAUUCAGCUCACAAUGGUCACGUGGAUCUACGAGCCGAAGGAAGGAGAAAGGAUCAACAUCGCCGUGUUUCACCCCAACUUUCAGCCCAACUACCCCGACUCGCCCAUGAAGGGGAGAGUCAGCUUCACACCCAGUCCCCCAAACCUGUCCAGUCCCUCCAUCCAGAUAAGUGAUGUUAGGAUGACUGAUGAGGGGAAGUACAUCUGCGAGUAUGCUACAUACCCGAGUGGCAACGAGCAAGGCAUCACGUACCUGGUCAUGCUGGCUAAGCCUCAGAACUCGGCCUCCAUCGUAACAGUGGAAGCAGGCACUAAGCCAGUCGUCGUGGCACGCUGCGAGUCGGCGGAUGGCCGCCCUGCUGCCCAGAUCUCCUGGGUGACCACAGCAAAUGGCAAUGCCACAACAGUGUCUAAAUUGGGUACAGACAACACUGUGACCGUUAGCAGCGAGUACCGCAUGGUCCCCACGGCAGCUGACAACGGGAAAGACAUCAGCUGCGUGGUGACGCACAGGACCCAAGUCAAGCCGGAAAGCUUCCCACUGAAGCUAGCAGUUCAGUACGCCCCUCAGGUGACAAUAGUAGGUUAUGACAAUAAUUGGUACUUGGGUCGUACAAAUGUGGUGCUCACCUGUCAGGCUACCGGAAACCCUGUCCCGCUCUCCGUCCAGUGGAAGACUAUGUCAGGAGAGUUGCCAACCACAGUGCUGAUUACAGGCAAUGAGCUGAAGGUACUGAAGGUGGAUGACACUGUCAACACCACUUUUGUCUGUGAGGUCACGAAUCGCAUUGGGACCGGCAGGGACCAAGUCACAGCUAUGGUCAGAGAGCCCUCAGUGAUCCCAUCCAAUGCCGGCGUGGUGGCAGGAGCUGUGAUUGCCUCCCUGCUGGCCCUCCUUUUGGUCGCCGCUCUCACCGCAGUGCUUGUCACCCGUAGCCGCAGGCAACAGCAGGGUUACCGUGCCAAUGGCGGCAGUGACAUGAAGACGCGCAUAUUUGGCGGCGGCAAGAAGGCAAGCAAGAACGGCACGGGUGGAGGCACGGGCAGCGGUGGAGUGGGGGGCAACAACAAUGGUCCCAUCUACGUUUACAACGAGAGCUCAUCCCACCAGGGCCUCGGAGAGAAAAACAACCACCAUCAGCCGCUCACCAUGGGGGGCCGGCCUGAAGUUGUCACCACUACACCCACCGCCCAAGAUAUCCUGCUAAGCAGUGAAUUAGACGACGCAGAAAGGAGGAAGUUUGAUGAGCUGGAGGAGGAGGAGAGGUAUGACCACUUCGGCGGAGGGGCCCCCAUCCUACAGCUUCGCCCUCCGCAUGACCAGGACGAUAUCAUUGGCGAUUACCUGGAUGAUGACAUGGAGUCACAGCGAGAUGGCUCCGUCAUCUCACGGACUGCUGUCUACGUAUAGAGGAGGAGGAGUGGAGAGGAGGAGGAGUGGAGAGGAGGAGGAGGAGGAAGAGGAGGAUGAGAAAGAGGAGGGAUGGAGGAUCCCUCCCGAGGAUUUUGUGGCUCCAGGGUCUCGUCCCUGUCUGAUACAGAAGAGAAAAUAAUACCACUUUUAUUUUUGACAAAUGAUUUUAAAUAUAGCCUAUUAUUAAUCACAGUGCAGCCCCAGAAUGGACUGAAUGAACUGGAGGGUGUGGGUAUUCUGAAAGGAGCAUUGCUGUUGUCUGGUCCCUAAGAACUGAAAAUCAAACAGAGAAAAGAAACAACCUGUCUCCCGCUGCUUCUGUUCGUGCUAUCGCUAUCACUGGGACCUUGACAAGGACUCUUGACAGACAGAAUAAAAGAGAGAAACUAUGUAGUGUGGAAAUAGAAUCAUGGAAUCAUGACACAAGCUAGGCUACAGAGAAGGCAACUCACUUGCAUAUUCACUCUUAUCUUCACCAAAACAGUAGAAAUGGAUGGGUUUGUCGAGCAGUUAUGUGUUGCCUUCUAUUCUCAGUCCUCCUGUGGGGAACUUUUUGUGUUGGUAAUGCGUUGUGUGGUGACAGCUGGUGGUUAGUUAGUAGCUAGUGAAGGGUUGGAGGAGGAAAAGGUUUGAAGGUGUAGACAGUAACCAUCAGGCAGUUUAGGAAAGAGAACAAUGUGUUUGCUCAUGUCUGCUGGCGAGUUUUCAUUUCUUCUCUCUCUGCCUUCCUAUCAGACUUAAAAAAAAAAAAGAAAAAAAAAACUAUCUGCAAACUAUCAACAAUUGAGGACUUUCUUGUAUUUACACAAUUUCAAAGGAUAUUAUGUUCUGUGCAAAUACCAGAGCAGCUGAAUUUAAAGUAUGCUCGCGGAGUGUUUGAUUUUAAGUUCUUAAAAAGUAUUUACAUGCAAACUUUUGUUCUGUGCUUGGAGGUAAGAGACGGUAAACAAGAGAUGAGGGAAUGAGGUGUAGCCGAUCUGACAGGGUCAAGGGAUGGAGAGAGGGAUGCAGGAGGACUGGAGAGAAGCACGUCUCUUCUUUUCUUUUCCUCCUCAUCCCCGUCUCUUCAGAGCGCUCCUGACAGGAGGAGCUUGAUUGGUAAUGAGCCGUGAAGUCGCUCGCUUAGCCGAGACCAACAGAUUGCCACCACUUAUCGUUUAUGACGUGGCAACCCCUCACCCACACCCGCCCACCUCUAUCUCUCCAUCAGCCCUCCGUCUUCCCCAUCCCUCUCUCUCUCUCUCUCUCUCUUCAUCCUUCGCUCCCGGAGUUUAUGGGGAGUUUAUGAUUUAUCCGGGGCAGUGUCGAGGUCAGGGCCACGGAGAGCAGGGGAGUAUUUUACUGCUCCUGAUGUGUCAAACGCCCCACUUACUCUAUUCCAGCCCGGCCUGCUCUGACAUGCCAGGACUGACUAAUCCACCUGGCGUGGCCACCUUCACUCCACAGCUUGGACACUACAGCCUCCUCCCAUGCUUUAGUAAAUGGCCGGAUGUAACAGAAACCCACCUCCAAAGUACGUCCGUGUCAGGUUAGAUGGAUUUUCAAUAAGAUCAUAUAAUGUUUCUUCCUAUUAGCGGAUGCUGUUAAAUGUAGUGAAUUGAUCGGGAAACAUAAAAGGUUGUGUCCACAGCGAAGCUCUGCGAGUCAUAUUGACUAACAGGCAACAAGCGGUGAAAUGGCCCUUUUAUGAUGCAGCUUCAGGGAUGAUUAUUUCCCGAAUGUUAAUUUAUUCUUCUAAUCAGCCACCGGAGGCCCACUCAGGCAAAUGUUACUCGUGGCUACUGUACACUGUUGUCUUUGAGGCUCGGUGUACGUAUGUUUUAAUGCGUCACUGUAUCUGUGUAGCCACUGGAUGACUGUGAUGGACAAUCUUGGAGAGAAGCUCUGCUCAAGCUCCUUUAAUCAUGCUUUUUCCUGGCCCUCUAAUGAACUCCCCUGUGACCCGCUAAGAUUCUGGUGAGUGCGGCUCUCGAUGACUGUACUGACCUCCGUAAAGCCCAGCCAAGAUCUGGGUUGCAGUUCGCUGCAGGUCAUGAGGUCAAAUGCAGGGUGACCCAUCGCCAAGGGCAAGGAUGGCUACACUUAUUCACAUUUCUUAUCAUAGCCGCUUUUAACCUUGAACUAUAGAUGUGAGGAACACUUGCAUACAGUCCGUGUAUCUACAUGCGGUGAUCCUCGUUUGCCAUAUUGAUGUCACACUGAAGGGAGGUGGAGAGAGAACAGGAGAAAGACACAGGAGGCAGAUGACAAAAACUGAGACGGCUUUCAGUGUUUGAGCACCGUCUAGCAUAUUGUAAGCCAGUGUGUUCAAUAGGAUUAUUGUCUAAUGGCCUUAGUUUAUACAUAAAAUGCAGCUUAUGUCAACCUAGGCUACAGUAAAUUUACUGAACAUAGUUGAUCUGUCAUGACCACUCAGAAUAAAAAUGUAUUACUUAUUUUUGCACUUGUGUGUGUCACUGCAACAAAGAGAAAUAUGGUUGUAAUACAUCUGGGUCUUUGGGGGGAAAAAAGGCGAUAAGGGACAAAACUGUUGUAUGUACAUUUUGGUGUGAGGUGUCUGUGUAGUAUAUAUGUAAGCAUCUUUAUUUUUCUUGUGAAAAUGUGGAUAUUUAUGAAAAUGUAAAUAUCAGAUUGAUGGAGCCAGUGUUGCCAGUGUCGUGGAAGCCAAGAGGAAGAAGUUGUGGGUUGGCUAAGCCUAAAGUUCAAAUGUCUCAGAGGGCAUUUAGAAUGUAAUUUUUAAUCUAUUGAAUACCUUGGUGGUCUGGGAGUUGAGAUAUACUCAACUGCAUUGAGCUGAGUUAACCUCAUGCCUAAGAACUGAUUUUUAUUGUGAGGAAAAAAAUUAUAUAUGCUUAUAUAAUUUUUUUUUUUUGUUGAAGUUAGCAUUGCCUACAUUUCCACAUAAUAAGCACACAACAUUUUUUGCACAAUUGGCUUCUCCUUCUCUUUGACAGACACCCUGCACAAUGCAAAAAUACCCACAGUACUCAUAAUUUAUCAGGUAGACUGUAACCACACAAGCGUGUUGUGUCUGACUCAGCUGUGUGUGUGUGUGUGUGAGAUAGAGAGAAAGUUUGUGUGUGUAUAGUUGAGUGUUGUGUGUUUUUGUGAUGCUUGUGGGCAUUUAGACCUCUCUCACUGCCAUUGGGGCUGUAACCUGAGUAGCCACCUUUUGUCACCAUGGAAAACUAGCAAACUGAAGAUAUUAUUGUGCAUUUCGAUGAAACACACACACACACAUGCACUGUACAUAUACAAACGCCGAAUGCAGAGAAACAUUCGCCCACACACAAACACGCCUCAGUCACUCUCAUUAUGCUCACUCCCACAACCAAACUGUGCAGAAGACACCUCAUACCUGACAACUCUGCCAUCUCCUGACAUAAGCCCACACAAAUGCACUCGGAUAGCUGCACACACACACAUACACACAUACAAAAACACUUCUUUAUCCUCUUCUUGCUCAGUGGCUCUGUCGGACCAUAUACCUUGUCCUGUUACUGUGGAAAGAUCCGCAGCAUGAUGUGUCCCCUGCUCCACUGCUUUCUAUUCCCCAAAUAGUUCAACCCCUUCCCGAAUCAAUGACCAUGUAGAACAACUGCACAUUCAGGGACACACACCUUUCACCCAGUGUCAGAGAAACAGGCUUUUUAGGAAACUGUUUGUCCAUUCCACUUUUGUUCUACACUGACACCGACCUCCUCCACCUCCCAGAUUCAGACGAAUGCUUUUAGAAAGUCAUAACUUCCUGCUCAUUUCCAAAAUGUUGUUUUGACUUCUCCUACUUCACCCACCUCCACCACCGCCUCCACAGACACACCAUUUCCACCCAUCUCUGCGUCCAAGUAAGGCUUGUCAGACAAAAUCCUUUCAGAGAAUAUCUACGAUCCUGGCCUGGGUCUAGCACAAAGUUAGACAGUCCAAAGACCUAAUAUUUUCCUUUCAAGAAGCCACAUACUGUUGCUGUUUCUUUGACUCCGAUCAUCUGAUGACUAAUCAAAGCCUUAACAUCUCCCAUCUCACUCGCAUAAAAGAAAAAAAAAACAAAAACCUUCGUGUGUACAUAGUAUAAAUAUAUAAAUAUGUAGCAGAGAAAAGGAAUUACUAAUUUAUGGUGUCACGUUUGUGUAUUUCUCAGUGACAGCAAGCAUGAAGGAUUUAUUUUCUCCUAUUACAGUUUCUCCUCUUUUCUGUUAUUUUGCAGUGCUUUAUAAUUUAUGUUUUCUGAGUGCUUUAUUCUUGACUGCUGCGCUGUGAUUGCUGCCAAAAACUGGCAAAUGUGCUUCUUCUAUACAAAUGAACUGUACACACAACAAAACAGUCUUAUCCCAAAAUGUGCUUUUUAUUAUUGACUGUUCUGUGUAAGAAAAAAUCCAACAACAACAAUAUUUUAUUCUUUUUGUAUUGUUUUAAUUUUGAAUUUAUUUUGGUCUUUGAAGAAAAAGAAAACUUAAAUAGAAUUGUUGUCACCA